AUGCGACUUCGCGGUGUGUUUCGUGCAGCCAAGCUGCCCAACGGACAACGCGCCAUUGGCACAAAAUGGGUGUUCAAGAUCAAGCGUAAAGCGGAUGGAUCUAUCGAGAAGUACAAGGCACGACUUGUGGCCAAGGGUUUCCGCCAAAAGUAUGGCAUUAACUACACGGAGACGUUUUCGCCUGUGGUCAAGUAUGUGACGCUGAGAAUGGUGAUCGCAAUUUCCAAGUAUUUUGGAUGGCCCAUCGACCAGCUUGAUGUGGUGACAGCUUUCCUGUUUGGCGUCAUGAAUGAACAAGUGUUCUGCGUGAUUCCUGAAGGCGUCGAACUUGACAGUACGUUCGACUGCCUAGAAUUGGUGAAGGCAAUUUACGACCUGAAGCAAGCUUCGCGAGUAUGGAACGAGACUUUUGACGAAUUUGAGUGUUCCAUUGGAUUUCAAGUGUCAGGCUUUGACCCAUGUCUCUACAUCAAGACAUCGGACGGCCAUUGCGUGUUAUACUGGUCUACGUGGACGACGUCUUGGUGA